UGCGCUGUUUCUUCACUCUCCUCAGGCGACGGGCGGCGGGCAUGGCGGCGGCAGCGGCGGCGGCUUUCCUGGCUAGGGCCCGGGGGACACCCAAGGCAUUGGCCUUUGGAUGCCUCCGCACACUGCACACCGUGUACCAGUCAGUGGAGCUGCCAGAAACCCACCAGAUGCUUCGUCAGACUUGUCGGGACUUCGCAGAAAAAGAGCUGAUGCCAGUGGCAGCUCAGUUGGAUAAGGAGCACCGCUUCCCAGCCGAGCAGGUGAAGAAGAUGGGUGCCUUAGGGCUGCUGGCUAUGGAUGUGCCAGAGGAGUACAAAGGAGCAGGCCUGGACUACCUGGCCUAUUCCAUAGCUGUGGAGGAGAUCAGCAGGGGCUGCGCGUCCACCGGUGUCAUUGUCAGUGUCAAUAAUUCUCUCUAUUUAGGGCCAAUACUCAAGUUUGGCUCUGAGGAACAGAAGCACAAGUGGAUUGCACCCUUCACCAGUGGAGAGAAAAUUGGCUGUUUUGCCCUUAGUGAACCAGGAAAUGGCAGUGAUGCUGGUGCAGCAUCCACAGUGGCACGCCUGGAUGGUGACGAGUGGGUUCUGAAUGGCACCAAGGCCUGGAUCACCAAUGCCUGGGAUGCUUCAGCCACUGUGGUGUUUGCUACUACGGAUAAAUCCCUGAAGCACAAGGGCAUUAGUGCGUUCCUGGUUCCCAUGCCAACUGCUGGGCUGUCACUGGGGAAGAAAGAAGACAAGCUGGGAAUCCGAGCCUCUUCCACUGCCAACCUGAUAUUUGAGGACUGUCGGAUACCCAAGGCCAACCUACUGGGGCAGCCAGGAAUGGGCUUCAAAAUUGCCAUGCAAACUCUGGAUGGAGGAAGGAUUGGCAUUGCCUCCCAGGCUCUUGGCAUAGCACAGGCAGCUCUGGACUGUGCUGUGGAUUAUGCUGAAAAGAGAAUGGCCUUUGGGUCACCCAUCACAAAGCUGCAGGCAGUGCAGUUUAAGCUGGCAGACAUGGCUGUGGCCUUGGAGGGUGCACGCUUGCUGACCUGGAGAGCUGCUAUGCUGAAAGACAAUGGGAAGCCCUUCACAAAGGAAGCUGCCAUGGCCAAGCUGGCUGCAUCAGAAGCUGCAACAAACAUUGCUCAUCAGGCUAUCCAGAUCCUGGGUGGGAUGGGCUACGUGACGGAGAUGCCGGCUGAGCGCCAUUACCGGGACGCUCGCAUCACCGAGAUCUACGAGGGGACCAGUGAGAUCCAAAGACUGGUGAUAGCAGGACAAUUGCUGAAGGCCUACCGUAGCUGAAGAGGCUGGGUACAGCAAGACACUGCUCCAGAGUGCUUUGUAAUAGUGCACAACAGUGAUCAAGUCUUGGCCUGCUUGAAUGAGGCUAUUGGUGGAAGAUUUCCUCACCAAUGAGUAACUGACCCUUUUGUUAAAAAAUGUGCUGACUCUGCUUUGGACAAAGUGUGGUGCAUGGAAGGUUGUAUCUAGGUUAGUAAAUGAUGGCUGUGAGUGCAGGAGGGAGGAGGCACCCUGUCCAUGUAGGAGAGCGUAUGUGUUUUCCUAAACUGGAGCAUUGUUUUGGUGUGGUAGCAGCAAAAUGACUUUGCUGUUCUGUAAAGCCAGCAGCUCUCCUUGUGUGCUUCCCAGUCACUGCCUGUUUUGCAAGGAUUUGUCACUACUUGGUACUCAAUAACCAGUGACAAAGUUUGAGGCACUGAGAGAUGUGACCUCUGUGCUCUGUUCCAGGCUGUGGGUUACACUGCUGCUUCUGAUCAGACAUCAGUGAAUUUCAGGUGUGGGAUUCUUCCAGCUGGAGCUGAGGUAGUCUGUGCAGCAGUGCACUUUUCCCCACUUGCAGCAGGAGAGGAGCCAGACAGGAGGACACAGGUACUACCUAUGCAUAAAGGGCUCUUCAUACAGACUAUGUAGAUGUACAAAAGUCAGGAAAACCCUCUCAGUCUUGGGGAGUAGAGCCCAGCAGCCUGCUUGCUCAGCCACCUACAGCUGUAGGUGUGAGAGUUAAGGAUAGAACAGCUGUAUAAUGCCUGAGGAUGAUUUAAAAAAAAAAACAGAACACAGUCCACCAAAAACUUGUCUGCUCCCAAAGCUGCUUUUGGUGUGCCAACAACUACCCAACAGGAAGGAGUGCAUCAAGUGGCAGUAGCAGCCUUUAAUCUCAACCUGUUUUGGACAACAACUAGGAAAUAAACAGAUGACAUUGGAAAACCUUACCAGGAAGCUUUAGCAGUAGAACAUUAUCCUCAGUUAUCUUUGGCAAGAAAUUAACUUGUAGAAGAUUUAACAGCCAAAAGAUCUCAACUCAGGAAAAAAAGGGACAGGAUUAAGACUGCACCCUGUAUGGCUCAACCCCUUUUCCAGACGAGUACACUAGAGGGCAAUGGUUAUUUGACCGUGGUGACAUUCAUUUAGAUUUCUGUGGAGAGAAAAACCAAGAGGAUUCUACUACAUAUAAGAAAGCAGAGAAGACAAAUAAAGCCUGAUUUUUUUAAGGUU